CUCUUCCACAGUGCUGUAUGUCUUCUUUUUUCCUUCCUAGGUUACUCCUUGUCUUGUGUCUCUUGCUUCAGUGGGACUGAAACAAAUUGCACCGGCGGCAGCGUUGCCUGUUCUGAUGGAGAUCAGUGCUCAUCUCUGUACAUGGUAACUACAAUAAAUGGAGCUACUGCGAAAAACUUCUUCAGAUCUUGUGCGCCCAAGAAUCAGUGCAAUGUAACCGGAAGCAGUAGUUUUCCAGGUGGUACGUUACAGAUGGCUUCCACCUGUUGUACUGUGGAGAAUCGGUGCACUCCCAAUGAACCUCAAUUUGCAAGUCCAGCUACAAAUAAUACCUGGGCGAACGGAAUAGUGUGUCGCCAGUGCCAGACUAUCAACAGUGACCGCUGUGAUACCCAGAAUUCCACAGUGUGUUAUGGAAAUGAAAGCAUGUGCAUCCGUCUAAGCACAAUUACCUCAGGAUAUCCGCAAGAAGAAUCCGUAUUGGCCUUUCGCGGUUGCGCCACCAGAAGCGUCUGUGACAUGAACCAACAGUUGUUCAAGACCAGCGGACUGUCGACGGUCUAUAACUACAUCUGUACCAGUGCCGCCACCGGGCUCCAUUACGGCUCCAUUAUUUUAUUGACCUUUUUUGUGUUUAUACUGAAUGUUACUUCUUAG